CUGCAGAUUCAUAAGCACCUGAUUCUAUGCUACUACUCUUACGUUUUAAGCGUUUAUCAUGUUUUUUCCGAUCAUGGUGUUUAUGCUUCUCUGCACGCUCGCCUCUAACUUUUUCAUCUGUUCGAUGUUGAUUACGCUUCUCAUAAUUUUCAUCAUCUUCAUCGCUUCUAUAAUAUUCAUCUUCACUAAAAUUUCUUCUUUCGACGGGACUUCUAGUAGGACUUUCUUCACUUUUACUUCGUCUUCUUUUAUGAUCACGAUCACGAUUACGAUCACGAGAGGAAGAACGAUGACGAUAAUGAUUAUGUUUUUUUCUUUUCUUUUUAUUUAAAGAACUACCUAAUCCUUUUAGUUUGGCUUCUCUUUCUUCAUCCAAUUUUUUUCGAUAUUUAGCUAGGUCAUAUUCCGAAAAUUGUGGACCAUCAACCAUGUCAUUCCUCCUUUUUUGCGAGCAUCAAUGUAUUCGCGUAUUGUUCCACCUCGUUCAUUGUUUGCCAUAUUCCAUAUGGUUAUAAAAAAAAAAUCACAAUAGACGAUGGGAGAAAAACCGUUGAUUUUCCAAACACAUGAUCAUGGAAUAUCAAAGAAUAUCUGAUUUGCGAAAUGUUUUGCGGGCCGUGCAAUUGUGCAUGAUGUUACUUUGUUAAUGCGAU